AUGUCGCGGUGCCCGCGGUGCCCCCCGGCCCCGAUCCGCGGCGGUGUCCCCCCGCGCCGCCCGCUGUCCCCGGGGCGCUCCCCGCUCUCACCCCGCUCUCCCCGCGGUUCCGGCCCGGGCAGGGGCGCGGCCUCCGCUCCCGCCACAGCGCUGCCGCGUGUCCCCCCAAACCAGGCGGACCUGGCCACCCCUCCCCCGACUCCCCGCGUCUAUUCCACCCCCGAUGGUGGGCGGGUCCUUGUUGUCCCUCCCUCUUGUUUUUUGGGGGGGUCGCCCUGGGUGGGUCGGGGGGAUUCGGAGGCCUCCCCCCGGCACGCUGCGGCGCUGGCGGCCCCCCGGGAUCCCUUCCCCCCGAGCUCCCUGAAGCCCCCCGUGCUCCCUGUCAGGGGGUUCUCCCAUCUGGGUGACGGCGGCAAUGGAAGCGGGGGGGUGUCGGCCCCCCGAGAUCCCCCUGACCCCCCGGAUCCCCGGGACACCCGGCUGCUCGAGGGUCCCCCCACAGCCCAUCACGGCCCAGCUCGGCCACGCCGGAAGCCCCCCAGGUCCCCUGUGGGGGGACCAAGACCCCUGAAGGAGCUGCUGGCGCCAGAGGGGGCCAGGCUGAACCCCACCAUCUGCGGGGAGUGUGGGAAGGGCUGCAGGCGGAGCUCAGACCUGGCGCAGCACUGCAUCAUCCGCACCGGGGAGCGACCAUUUACCUGCGGUGCCUGCGGGAAGGGCUUCAGCCAGAAUUCCAACCUGGCCACGCACCAGCGCAUCCACACUGGGGAGAAGCCCUUCGGAUGCCAGGACUGUGGGAAGCGCUUCGGGGAGAGCUCGGCACUGGUCCAGCACCGGCGGACGCACGCCGGGGAGCGGCCGUACCGGUGCGGGGAAUGCGGGAAGAGCUUCAGCGUCAGCUCCAACCUGCGGCGACACCACCGUACCCAUGGGUGAGAGCGGCCCCAUCCCUGCCCCGAGUGUGGGGACGCUUUCUGGAACCCUGGACAGCUCCAGAGGCACCUCAGGGAGCGCGUGGUGUGAGGGGGAAGCAGGGUGGGCAUGGGGACAGGGACCCCUGGAUGGGGGUAGGGACGCUGUGACAGGGACACCAGGGCAAGGAUGGGGAUAAGGACACCAAGGUCGGGGCACAAGAACGGGGAUGUAUUGGUUUGGCACAGCCUGGAUUUUGGUAGCGGGGGGGCCACAGUGUGGCUUCUGUGAGAAGCUCCUAGAAGCUUCCACCAUGUCCGGUCGAGCCAACCUCUGAUGGCUCUGAAGAUGGACGUGCUGCUGUCCCAAUUAGAGGGGCCGGUAACGCCUCUGUGAUGACAUAUUUGAGAAGACGAUCAAAAGGGUGUUCGCGCAGGUUUUUUUCCCGGGGUGGCGAAGCGCUGCUGCCAGGGCCAUCCUGGCACAGCCCGCGGCAAUGUGCUGUGGCCGCUGCUGUCUCGGCGGGGCCCACGGCCUUGCCCACCUGGCCGCCCCGAGCCUGCCGCGCCGCGGUGAGAAGGGCAGGGACGGUGGCGGCAGCUUCCCCUUGCCAGCACCCCGCGUGAGGAGAGGCGUUAAAUAGCGCCAGCGCCGCGGCAGCCACUGCCCGUGCUGUGCCCGGCUGACAGCGGGAGCAUGAGGAGCAAUUCCCCUGCGUGGAGCCUGGGUGAAAUCCACUUGGCGCUGCGGGAUCCUGCAGGAAUCUUUGAACUGCCGGGACUUGUAGGCAAUGGUGCCUACAAGCAGCAGUUUUUCUUCCAGUCGGAGAAGAGGAGGAAGUGAGGACGCGUGAGGGAAAACAACGUGGCAACAGCAAGGUCAGUGGAAAAAGAGGGGGAGGAGGUGCUCCGAGCGCCAGACCCGGGAUUCCUCUGCAGGCCGUGGUGAGGAUUCUGGUGAAGCCAACUGUCCCACUGCGAUGCGCAAAGUCCAUGGGGGAUGCAGGGAUCCACUCGCAGCCUGUGGGAAACCUCACACCAGAGCAGGUGGAGGCCAGAGAGAGCUGUCAUCCAGUGGGAGACCCGAACAGAGAGAGAGGAUCCCUGCUUCCAGAGACAGAAACAGAGCCAUUGCUGCCAAACUAGAGCAGCCUGUCCUUAGAGGACUGCACCCCAUGGAUGAGGAACCCAGGCCACAGCAGUUUCAGGAAGACUGUUUUCCCAUGGGAGGGACCACACGGAAUAGCAAAAAAGAGACUUCUCUCCCUGAACGAGAAAAAGAUCUCGAGUGGUGAACUGACCAAAGCCCCCAUGAUGCCCUGUCUCCCUGCACUGUUGGUGGGAAGGAGAAAGGGGCUGGAGGGAAGAAAAGGUAUUUUAAGGGCUUAUUUUACUUCUCCUUGUCCUCCUCUGAUUCUAUUAGUAAUAAAUUUACUUUAUGCCUUUAAAUUUGAACCUGUUUUGCCCUUAGAGUAUUUUUUUCCCAGUCCUUAACACACAAACCCUUCAUUAAUUCUUGUUU